AUGAACACUGCCUCGAUGAAAGCAAAGCAGGCCAGGAGACUGGCUAAGGAACUGGAAAAUGCCCAAAAGUGCACGAACCCUUAUAUCUGGUUCCGCCCUCUUCCUGACAACCAGCUGAUUUGGCACUUUACCAUUCGUGGUCCCGACAAAUCUCCUUACGAAGGAGGUGUGUAUCAUGGUCGCAUCGAGCUGCCCGAUAAUUUCCCGUUCUCUGCUCCGAACUUUUAUAUGAUGACUGAGAACGGCCGUUUCAAGAUUAAUCAGAAAAUUUGCUUCAACAUUUCUGCAUAUCACAACGAGUCCUGGCAAGCUGCGACCUCCAGUGAUAUCUUUGAUUUUUAUUGA